CUUAUAUGGCUGAUAUCAGAAGAUAAAGAAAACGAGCAUAGAGAUGAAUCGCGAGCAGCAGCGGUGGCGAAGGGAGGAAAGAAGAAGGGAGUCUCCUUCGUGAUCAAUUGCGGGAAGCCUGUGGAGGAUAAGAUCAUGGACAUCGCUUCGCUCGAGAAGUUCCUCCAGGAGAGAAUCAAGGUGGGCGGCAAGACCGGCGCUCUCGGCGACGCCGUCGCCAUCUCCCGUGAAAAGAACAACAUAACCGUCACAUCCGACAACAGGUUCUCUAAGCGUUGA